GCGGCCGAAGGUGACUCUUGCGGGGGUGACUUCGCACCUUCGCGGACGCGACCGGGCGCGGCGGCACGCGGCGCUCUACGGGCGCUGAGCUUGACAUUCGGCCCUUUUUAGAUCUUGGGUAACUGCCAUCGGAUUACGAUCGCGCCCAGCUGCGAAAUGUUUAAUAUCCCGCCGACCGCGCGACUUAGCCGCGACUUAGUCCCGAUUCACUCGCGGGCGGCCAGUCCGCCGCCGACGAGCGCCAAGUGCGCACCCGCGACGUGAUGCCUCCUCUCUUGGUCCCUCACGGGUCCCGGUCCGUUUCCUCGCGAUCUGCAGCCGGACCGUAAUUCUCGGGCGACCCUCGAGACCGAUCUCCCCCGAUAGGUGCAAAACUCGCGUGAUCGGCUUCGAUUCUACGGCGACCUCAUACCUCCGAGAUCUCGAGGAGGGCUUCGGAAUUUUUGAAGAACUCGGGACAACCAGUGCUUGAGGAAUUUCCGGAUCGCAAGGAGCUCUCGAAAUUAUGCAGAGAUUGAGGAAGCACGUGGACUGAAAAUUGCAAAUAGAUUCAAGACAGAACAAAGACAUCUAAAUUGUUAUUAAUUUUCAUCAGAAUCAAUAUAAAAUCGCACACGACUGCCAUUUCGAUUAUUUGUCGGACGUUAAGAAUUAAGAAAGCACGUUUUCGUGAUUUUCGUGAGAGCCAACGUUCAUUUGGUAACAGUUUUCUUUUCCACUUGCGGAGUCGUGCUGAAGUCGUUGCGAAACAGUAAAAUUCCACGGAUUACCGACAGUCUCUAUUAUUAAUUUAAUCUCGAUAAAUGGGGUAAACAUAAAAUGUUACCUCCGAGUGUUCCCAAAGAGAGAACGCAGCAGGAAACGGAACUGAGAAUCCGUUAAUAACGCAAAAGAGUGGCGAACGAUAUUUAUCGAGACUGCUAACAAAGACUGCAGAUUGAUUCUUCAAAUUAGCUCGCUCGAGCCAGUCGAUUUCCAAUAACCGAAAGGGUUCGUCGACUCGCGUGUCGAUCGAAUUCCCUUCAACGUCUCGACGCGAAGAGCGGCGAGCGGUGCAUUCGUCGACGUGUGCGCGAGUGAAAAAUGGUUUCGCGCGAGGAGGAAGAUAACAAGUGCGCUAGUUAUGAUUGACAAAGUAUGUUACACGUACGAUUUCCCUCCUGGGUUCGACAGACAAAAACUUCUGGAAGUAUGAGUGACAACGUGCUCACGGGCGCGUCGUUCUUGAGAAGAAAUUGGCACGGUGCUCCUGAACGGAUAAAAGAUGACGGUCUCUUAUCAAUACGAGGUCGCCAGUUCCACCAGCGGUGGAUUCACCAGGCUCCUGCUUAUGUGGCGCGGUUCCCUCUACAAACUCAUCUACAGGGAACUGCUCCUCUAUCUGCUUCUCUUCGGUGUUCUGUCCGCGCUCUAUCGCCAUACCUUCACUGCCGCGCAAAAAAGGGAAUUCGAGCAAAUUGUCGUCUACUGCGACAACUUGAUCAAACUGAUCCCGCUGAGUUUCGUCCUUGGAUUUUAUGUAUCCUACGUGGCGCAAAGAUGGUGGAAGCAAUACACAGCGAUACCGUGGCCCGACAAAGUGAUGCAUCUCGUGGCGCUCUACGUCACCGGAAACGACGACUACAGUCGGAUGUUGCGCAGGGCCUUGAUGCGCUACUUAAACCUCUCGCUGAUACUCGUACUGCGUUCCAUAAGCUCGGCGGUGAAGAGACGAUUUCCCACUCUCGAUCACGUCGUUGAUUCCGGCUUCAUGACCACGCUGGAGCUCCAGUUGUAUCAGUCGGUGCCGAGUAGCGAGUUUAACACCUAUUGGAUACCGUGCACGUGGUUCAUUAAUCUUCUCAAGGAGGCACGCAAGAACCACCGGAUAUCCGAUGCGCAAGGUUUAAAGCUAAUAAUGGAGGAAUUCAAUGAGUUUCGGACGAAGUGCGGCCUCUUGUGGAGCUACGACUGGGUGUCGAUCCCUUUGGUGUACACUCAAGUGGUGACACUCGCCACCUACAGUUUCUUCGCGGUCGCCCUGAUCGGCCGACAGUAUAUCGAGGGCGUCGAGAGGCAGCUCCAAUUGAAGAUAGACAAAUACGUGCCCAUUUUCACGAUUCUGCAGUUCUUCUUCUUCAUGGGGCUGUUGAAGGUAGCCGAACAGCUAAUAAAUCCUUUCGGCGACGACGACGAGGAUUUCGAGCUCAACUGGCUAAUCGAUCGCCAUACCAAGGUAUCGUACCUAGGAGUGGACACGCUGAUGAACCGCUGUCCGCCGCUCGUCAAGGACAUCUACUACGAUUCUGAAAACGUGAGCCUGCCGUACACGGAAGCGGCCGCGGCGUACAAGAAGAAGACCUAUCGCGGCAGCGUGGCGAAUAUGACGGUACCCGAGGAGAAACAGAUGAUGUUCCUGCCCGGAAUUCUGGAAGAGGAGGAGGAAUGCACGACGAUUCUGACACCGCGCACGUCCACCGCCAGUUUAGCGAACCCGAGCGACAGUCCAGAUAAUAAAAGGCGCCAGAUCAGCGGGUCCCCUUCAACACCUGCGAAGAUGGCUCGCAAUUGUUCCGAAACGGUUGUGCAGCUGGAUGGUCAAGAGCAGCCGCCGGUCGAAACGGAGCAGCGACGGAUAAUAGUCGAUGCCGUCCGGAAGUUCUCCUCCUUGGCGAAGAGUUCGGCGUCUCGAGCCGGAAGGCCCUUUUUCCCGGUUCUAACGAAAUCGCCCAAGCAGACGUUGCGUCCCUGGCCAAGCGCAACGAACAUCUCGUCCGUUCAGGCACCGUCGUUUUCAACGCCGAUUCCCAUGUCGGUCAUCGUCGAGGCCGAAAAUCCUUGGAGAAAAGAUAGUUUGCGGAAGAGCCUGCAUCGUCGGCCUUCCGCGGAGGAUUCCGAGGGACGACCCAGCAUCUCGUCGCAGAGCGAGAAGAACCAGGAAGGUAUCAUGAACUCGGCGUUCGCCGAGGAGAGGGUGGCCGACGUGCCGGACAUCUGCGACUGCGACGACAUUGAGGAAGAUGACGAUGGCUCGUGGUCCGGUCCUUCACACCGAUCUCGAUGCUGGCAGGUGCCCUGUCAGCAAUUGUCGACCCCAGAAACGAUCGAUAUGUCCACGAUUGGCGGCGAAUCGAGGAUCAGCAGUUCUCCGAAGUACCUGAUGACCAGGAGGGUUCGGUCGACCAGCGAUUCCAAGAAGAAGGGAUUCCAGUGGCGGUCGAGGCUAUCCGGCAGAGCGAAGUCCCGCAGAAGAACCACCGACAGCAUACCCACGGUGGGCGAGGUCCUGAGCCAGACCUGGAGCUCGCCGAACCUGAGGAACUUGGAGGAGCAGGCAAAGACCGCGCAAAGUGUCACAGUUAAACAGGAGGAAGAUUCUAAGUUAUAAAUAACGCAAUAUUUGGACGAUAUGUUACUUCUGAACAGAGAUGUAAACUUGCGACAGUCUUAAAUGAAUCUUACCAACGAGAUUUUCUCGCAGGAAAAUGACCUAUGUGUCUGCUAAACUGUUUUCGAUUAUUACCCAAGCAGACAAUUUACGUUUAAUAAAUGUUAAAAAGUGUUUGGCUGAUACGUCUUCAUGAUAUAAAUUGUGUAAAAGUACGUAUUACACUUUUUAUCCUGUGAAAACGUAUAUUAAACCGACCAUAUUUUCAACUAGUAAAAAGAAACUUUGCAAUAGACGUUAUAAAAAAGUUUUACAAUGUUUAUUAAAUAGUUUUAAAAAGAUGUUGAUUUUAAACGUUAAUUUUUUCAACUUACUUGAUUAGUAUAAAUUUUUAACAUACAUGUAUUAAACGUAUUUUGAAACUGUGCUACUACAUUUAUUUUAAAAUAUAUCUGAAGAAGUAAUAAUAAAUAGCGAUUACUCGUUGGUUUGACCAGCGAUAUAAAAUGUUCUGUCCACAUUGAAUGAAUUUAUAAUUAUAAUUGCGAGCAAGCCUCUAUACGCGCACUAGUUAUGUUUAUGUAAAUAUUGUAAAUAUGAUAAUAAAUGUAACAUAUGUAACAUUAAUAGAAAUAAAACAA